GUAUGGCAGUACCCAUACCUAAUAUUUUAAUUUUAUAUUAACAUGAGGAUUUAUCAUUUUAUGUAAUAGGUUAUGUUAUUGUUAUUACGUUAAAUGUAUGGUACACUGUAAAAGAGUUUACAUAUACUUUUACAACUUUCGAUACAUUUUUUUGCUAAAUAAUAGCACAGCAAUUUGUGACCUCCAAAAUGAGUAACAAUUUUGAACAACGGGUUAUAGAUUUAAAACAUAGAAUUAAGAGUUAUCCAAACUUUCCAAAAGAGGGUAUUCUAUUUUGGGAUAUAUUCUCAGCAAUAUCUGAUGGUGAUACUUGUAAACUACUUCAAGGACUCCUAAUUGAGGUGGUGAAGACAAAAUAUCCAACUGUGGAGGCUGUGAUAGGCUUAGAGUCAAGAGGUUUUCUUUUUUCCUUCUCUAUAGCUGCUGCACUUGGAAUAGGAUGUAUUCCUGUAAGAAAGAAAGGCAAACUUCCUGGAAAUGUUAUCUCAUAUAAAUAUGACUUGGAAUAUGGCUCAGAUAUUCUAGAAAUACAAAAAGACAAAAUCAAGCCUGGCAUGAAGUGUCUUUUGAUAGAUGAUCUUAUUGCAACGGGUGGUUCUCUGAACGCAACUGUGAAUUUGUUAAGAGGCUGUGGUGCAGACAUCCUGGGAUGCCUUGUGGUGAUGGAGUUGACCUCUUUGAAUGGACGUAAGCACAUUCCAGAGGGUAUAGAAAUUCAUAGUCUAAUAAAAUAUGAUUGAUGUGAUUUUAGUGCCAUUUAUCGCCUAAGUUAAAAUGUUAUUUUGUUAAAUCAAAUGUUCUUAUUUUUUUUACAUUUUUUGGAUAACUUACAUCUAGGUUAAAAAAUAUAAGUUACAUACAUAAUUACAGAAGGACAAUUAAAAGUGAUCACAGAUAGAAAUCGAUAUAUGAUGUAAGAGUUAAGUGGACAUAAAAUACGAAAAUUAUAUAAAAUGAUAGAGACAAAAAAAAAUUAACAACAUUACUCAAAUUUACAAUUACACUUGAUUGAAAAAGUUCUCGGUAAAGAGCUGUUUUACCUGUUAUGUUGUGCUUCCUUAUGUAAGAAUAACAUAUUUGUAAUUUAUUAAUGACCAUCAUUUUUUGUUUAUAAUAUAGGUUAUAGAGUCUGAUGCUCUACCGACUAAUAAUCACUAAAAUAAGGUCACUGAAAAGUUAAAAAAAUAUUUUCAAUACAACAUUUUGAACUUGGAACAACAUUUGAAUAUUGUACCCUUAGUUGAAAAAAGGUGUAAGCCAGAAAUGUUGAUUUUGAAUAUGGCCAAAAAACUGAAUCCAUGGAAAUAUUACAGAAGGAUUAAUAUUUAUGAUUAAAGGUGUUCAGUGUACUCCUCAACUAGGCUCUCUAGAUACAAUUUUAAAUAUAAUAUAAUAAAAACAAGAAAAUACAUCUUUUGGAUUAAUUAUGAGUUGAUAAUACAUGAGAUGUUUCCUUAGUAUUUCACCCUUAACACAAAAAUUAAUGUUAUCAAAUGUGAUUAGCGCUUAACAAAUCACCAAGACACAUAAAAUACCCUUGAGGACAAAAAUAUUUAUAAUUUAUUUCUAAUUAAUUAUGUACAAUAUUUUAUUUUACUUAAAACAAAUAACAAUUAAAAUUACUAAAUACUUCUAGACCCAUAGAUUUUGUUUUGAAUAUAAUCGAAAAAUAAAAGAUUGUUUUCCUAAGGGUUAUGUGAACAUAUUAUCUGCUUUGUUGCCAUCAGUAACAUGCUUUAACCACUUAUUUUUAUCAUUAUUUUCAGCUAUUUUAAUAAUACUCUGACUGUCUUUAAAGAUACAUUAUAGUCAAAUUCAAUAGGUAACUGUUUUAGCCUCAAAACUUCAGUAAAGCAGAGGUUAAAACUUCUUCUGUCACACAGUGAUACACUAGAUUGAUUCUCUGUGCUCCAAGAAGUGGGACAGUUACUAAAAUAAAAUAUUUGACCUGUAGAUUUCCUGUCUCUGGCGUGUCCAGCUUAAUCUGCAUCACCACAGCCUUGCUAGGUUACACCAGGAGUAUAUGUGUAAACUAAAGACAAAUCUAGUUGUUCCUACGUGUUCAAUAUAAUAAUUGACUUAGUAAGUUUACUGCUAUAGAGAACUUAGACCUAAUACCACAAGCAUAGUAUAACAGACUUCCUAUAAUUAAAUAAUUAAAUUAGAUUCUGAUUUAUUUCUUUUUAAUAGUUAAAAGUAAAAAUUUUGUUCCAUGGGAGUGGAAACUGAUUGGCAAUCCCACAUUUUUGAGAUAAAAAAAAAUUAAAUACUGUCUUUGAUUGAUUACAGUAAUAUAAUUCUCUUUGAGGCAUUUUGUGUCUUUUCAUCUGAUUCAGACUUCUUUUUGAACCAAAUUUUUUUUGGGAUAUGUCCAUGCUUCUUACGUUGUUCUGUGAGUUUGAGGUAGUAUUGAUUCGCAAGGAAACCGAGUCCUUGAGUUGCUAUUGGUACCGGGUGGGCAUAUCGUGUGACAGAUAAGUCUAGAUUCUGUACUGCGUUAAUUUUUGUGACGAUGGAAUAGGCAAUCUGUUUUGCAGCUGUCACGGGGUCAGGCAUUGCGAAAGCAGCCAAUCGCGCGUCUCAUUCAGCUUGGAAUUGGUCGUUCACACGUUGGUUCGUGCGGUCGCGCCAUUCCUUGGUUCGGUCGUUAGGUCUUCCUCGACCGGAUCCUCUUCCACGGGAACCUCUGGUUCUUCGGACGCUGACAUUUUGUCGCUUGGAAGUAGGUGGUGGCGGGUCUGUGUUCUGUGUUAAUCGAUCGCCAUUAAUAUACUUGUCAGUAGCAGUGUAAAUCGUUCUUUCCUUAAUAUGUAGAAUGUUCGGAAACACUUUCAAUGUCUAAGACUUCUUUUCUAUGUCUAAGACAUAGACUUAGACAUAGAGACCUGCAUCGUUUUUUAACGGCAAAAAAUAAAUCGAUGUUCGAUUUCGUUCACGUUUUCGUCGAGUUUUCAUAACUUUAGAUUCUGUGAUUUCAGUGUUUUUGAGAAUAAAAUGCUAUAGAGUAACUGCGCACCAUAUUGACAUUAUUCCAAGUAAAUGUUGAUGUACUGCUUUCUGAAAUAUCAGGACAAGUAGAAGAGGACUCGAGUAGAUCACCAUCACAUGGUGAACAGAUCAUCACUGUCACUCAUGCUGACAACACUUUCUUCUUAAAAAUUCUCUGUAUUCUCAGAUGUAUCAGUCCCUGCUCCCCCACUGGCAUAAAAGACUCUUCUCAUUUAUGAUCUAAUCCAGAGGUUUCUCUCACUUCUAUGGUACAUUCCUCUGUUAUAUUCUCAAUUAUUACGACAUCUCGGUUUGUUGUUAUAGUAUCUGUCUCCAGGUUGUAGAUCCUGUAUCAUUUAACAUUAGUAGGGACUAAGAUACAUUUUUCUGAUUUCUUAUUCCAUUUUUUCCUCUUUUCUUUCGGCACAUGCAUCAUUUCCGUACGACCAAACAAUCUCAAAUGACUAAUGUCCGGCCUUACACCAGUCCACAAUUCAAAUGCUGUUUUUGCAUUAAGUGAUGAUGCCACAGUCCUAUUUUGAAGAUAGACAGCUGUAUUAGCCGCUUCAGCCCAAAAAUGUUGUUUCAAUCCAGCAUCAAAUAAAAGACAUUUUGCUUUUUCUACAAUUGUUAUGUUGAACCAUUCCAAUAACCCAUUUUCUUCAGGGGUAUAAUGGUUGGUUUUCUGAUGAAUAAUUCCAUGUUUCAAUAAAAACUCAUCCAUCGCCGCAUUACAGAACUCCUUACCAUUGCCACUGCGCAAAAUCUUAAUCCUUUUAUUGAGCUGAUUCGCUUCUUCAGAUUUGUAUUUCUGAAAAUACAUGAAUACUUCACAUUUAUUCUUCAAAAAAGAAAUGUAGGUAAUUCUUGUGUAAUUAUCUAUAAAUAUUAAAAAGUAUUUUGUCCCAUAUAAUGAAGUGUGCCCACUCUCCAUUGGGCCACAUAGCAUGCUGAACAUGUCUGUUGCCACGAUGUGGAAAUGGUAGACGAGUCUAUUUACCUUCACAGCAUGUUAUACAAGGCAACUUUGAUAUAUCUGACUAUAAUGACGACCGAUAUAGCCGAAUGGUUAGUGACCCUGACUACUAAGCUAGAGGUCCCGGGUUCGAAUCCCGGUAGGUGCAAUCAUUUAUAUGUAUUUAUGUAUGUUUACGUAAGUAUUGUAUUAAAUAUAUCGUAGUCUUGUACCAAUAGUACAGGCUAUGCCUAGUUUGGGGCAAGAUAAUUUGUGUAAGAGUGUGUUAAUAUUAUUAUUAUAUUAUUAUAUCUGACUUCCGCUGCGUUCUGAUAUUUAGUUUAAAUAAUUGCUAUUGAUGUGUAGAAGCCUGCCAUGCCAGAUGUCUGCUGACAUGAUUGCAUCAGCUGAAAAACCCUCAGGCCUCUAGUUCUCCAACUCCAUUGCAAAUCUGACAACCAUCAACAGUAAAUGUUACACUGUUGUCCCGUGCAAUAAACUGGCUCACAGAUAAAAGUUUUGUCGCCAAGCUCGGUACCCACAAAACAUCUUUUACAAUUAUAUCAUACGAUAAUGUAGAUAUUUGUAAAUCGCCUGUACAAGUAACUGGCACUUUUUCUUUGUUCGCUAUAACAAUCUCUUUGGUAUUUUGAUCAUACGAAACGUUACUCAUACAGUUUUGGUUAGCUGUCAAAUGACAACUCGCGACAGAGUCAAUAUACCAAUCACUAACUAAAAUAUCCAUUUAAAAAUACAGCACUGAACGCGUUUGACUGCUAACGGUAAUUAUUUAGGCCCUUUUUUUCGGAAGAUGUACACUGAUUUAAUCAGUGUACAUCUUCCGUCACAGGUUGUCACAUUUUUAUAACCCCCCCCCCCCC